AGUUUAGUUCAGUUCAGUCGCGUGUGUGCAACGCUUCGAGUCGGUGGUCGGUGGUCGGUGAUCGGCGGUUCGUGGCUAUAUAGUGGGUCUAACAUGUGAUUAAAAUCGGUCCGGCAGCUGAGAAGACAACAUCUGUAUUCGCGCACGUAUCGGCAUCGCCAUAGCUAUUGACUCACCGCGACCGCCGGACAGUGGGAUCAACUGUUUUCGGGGGCGGUACAAUGGCGCUGAUGGCACUGCGUGCGCUUACCGCGCUCAUUCUGCUCGUCACGCUGGCCAGCUCAGCUCGGGCCAUUACCUGCUACGAAUGCGAUUCCGUCAAUAAUCCAGGGUGUGGGGAGCAAUUUGCGGGCGAUGACAUAUCCACGACGGAUUGCGAUGUGGUGGCAAACAUGCGAGCCUCGGGAGCGGAGGCCACAUGCCUAACAAAGUACCACGAAGGCAUGCCUGGAGACACGCGUUUUGUGCGACGUUCCUGCUAUUUUGGCGACUCCUCGCCCAUGGGCAUUAAUUGCGAUGACGGGCCGGAUCCGGUGGUGCCAUUCAUGAAUUUUCUGGGAUGUACACUCUGCAACACGGAUCUGUGCAAUGCUGCCCCAGGAAUAAUCACACUGUCAUUGACCAGUGCCUUUUCUGUACUUGGUCUUCUUAUCCUACUUACCAACUAGGGAAAAUGAGAGGCACUUAGAAGGAAGACCUUUCAAUGUAUCCUAUUACCCAUUAUAUACUCGAGAAUUCUAUUACAGUUUGUUGUAUUCUAACCAAAUUAUUAACACUCACUUAAAAUAAAAAUAUUACGGUCGAA